AUGGAUGAAAUCUUUUAUCCACACAUCAAAUGGAUGAAAUUUCACUGUCCUAACUGGAAUUUAACAAAACAUUUUUUUUCCAUUAUAAAACAAAUUCAAGCAUGAAAAGAGAAGGGUCCUCUCUGUCUCAGCACAACAGCAAGCUGAAAGUCCAAGAAUCAGAGGGACCAAAUGUGGCAGAAGAGAAAGAAAAAGUGAAACAGACACAACCAAGACCAGUGGAACCCCAAGUAAACAUAAAGAACAUAAAUAUCACCAGAGAAUACGGAGGGCAGUGGCUGAGCAAUGUCACCAGGCAUGUCAGGAUAUAUGCUGCCUAUAUCCAUCCACAGACCUCUGCAUACGACCAAACGCAGACAGAUAAGCUCACCCUCAUACUUGACCCUACCAAUGAGUUUGUCUGGACUACUGAAACCUGCAACAAGGUUUAUUCAUACUUCCAGGACCUUGUGGAUCACUAUGAGCAUGCUCCAUUGACAGAAUACACACUUCGUCUGAUUGGCUCAGACAUAGAACACCACAUAAGGAAGUUCCUAUAUGAUGGAGAAAUUAAGUACAACAUGAAUGCAACAGUACUCAACUUCAGAAUGGGGAAGCCUCGUAUUUCGUUCAACAACAAUGAUGCCCAGUUUCAAGAUGAUGAAGUUCCAAAAGAGGAUUAAUGCAUAAGGGAGCCGUUCACAAGCCAGACAAAAUGCAGAAGAAUUUCUGCCAAAUUAACGCUGAUUAAUUAUAGUUUUGUUUACAGUAAUCUUCAUUGCAUGGCAGCAUCAGAUUCAGGCCUUACCAGCUUACUUGCUAGGAGGCAAAAAUUUCCCCUAAGAAAACAGGAAAACAUGC